UCCACUACACUAUUGUUUAGUACGCUCUACCCGCACGUAUUGAGUCGUGCCGCCUGUCAGCUGCUAGCUACGGCCGCAACUUGUUGUGGUUCAAUUGUAGGUGCGGCAGUUGCUGCUACAACACCACUUCGUCAGAACCAGGCAUGGAGAAAAUAGGAGGAGGAGCGGGGCAGUCGAGCCGUGAGGCUCGCAAUGCGUAUCACCGGGAACGUCGAAAGCGCCAGGCCGAAUCCGACCACCCAGCCGACAGAGCUCGACGAAAGAUAGAACUGGCCAAGCAGAGGGAGCGGAAGCGUGUGAAGUUGACUGCUGAAACUCCCCAAGAACGAGAAGCAAGGCUGGCGGCUAAGCGGGAAAGUUACCACGCUCGUAAGCGCGCCAAGCUAGGCGCCUCCGUCGAAGUCGCCGUUCAACGAAGAAGCGACACCGCUGCCGAGUCUAUGGAGAGACUGACGGACCGCCCCAUUCGUUUGGCGCAGUGUGCAUCGGCCACGAACAGAUUCAAGCGUGACUUUACGGAUAACCCGUUUGGCUACUCGCGUGGCGUGUGCGAAAGACUGCGGCAUCUAAAGGACGUGACUCAGGGUGGUGAUGCAGUAGAUGAAAAACUCUCUGCAUGCAACAGGUCCAAGUCAUCAAGCACCACCUUCCACUGGGAACCAUGGCUAGGCUGCGAUGAUAAGUGCGUUGGUGAGGACAACGCCUUGCCCCUGCAUGCCGAUCAGUCUUGUCAGACGGAACACCACAUCACCCUAGUCCGGUGCGCGAGAUUGCACAUUUCAACUUGCUGCAUCGGAGUCCAGGUUGAUGUCUCGUGACGGUGCUGUCAAAGUUCCUGCAUGACCAGGCUGACAGAAUGAAGAUGCUGCUCAACGCAACAGUGGCAACCUCGGGGGCACACCUGUCCAUGACGACAUGGAGGCCUCCCACACACUCAGACGCAAGAGCCAGAAAAGUGUCAGAAGCCGGCAAAUCUUUUUAUGCAGUUUGGCGACUGCACUGUUCGCAUUUGAUACAACUUUUGGCUACAUCAUGUGCACGUGCUGCUAAUGUCCAGUUUUUUUAAAACUGUGAUGUUUGCCAGUACGUGAUCUAAAAGUCUUUUUCCAUUAUCAAAAGUAUAAAAAUCAGGGUUUCUGCAACAAGAACAAAUUUCCUCGAUGCCUUGGCAUGCAACCUGAAAGUGAAGACUUCCAUUUGGACUGGCGUUGCAAACAUUUCGAAAUCCUGGUCUGCAUACCUUGAUCAUGGGUGCAUCUGUAUUCAUUUGUCAACUGUAGGGGAUGUACACUAGCAGUGUGGCUUUGCUGUAGUGCACAGCCAAAGUCAAUGAACAUGUGCAGCCGUCGGGCUGUUUUACUUGUUUUUGGGGCACCGUUAUCAUUAUCACCGUUAUCGACAGAAGACCUCUGGGCCCCGGGUGCCAGACGACCUGGCUACGCCACUGCUCUUAAGCAUUAUUGGUGUUCCAGCAUGUUACUGCGGAUGCGUGGUUCUAUCAUUCAUGUGUUCUACUUGUGCGCUUUGCGAAAAAUAUUGUUAUUUGUUGGUCCUUGGC